CGAACAUCCCAACGGACACCAGUAUCCGACGGACCGUUGCCGCCGUUUGGCGAUUUUCUGCGAAAUCAAGUUUUGUUUUUACGCUGUGUGUUUAUUUCGUUUUUUACAACCCUAUAUCCGGGCCGAUAGUAUUCGAUAAUAAUAAUUUUUUUGUAUUUCGAUUUCUUCGAAUUUCUAAACCAACGUUUUUUUUAUAAACCGCCACUGUAGUUCGAAGAACGAAUAUUUUGUCGAAUAUUAUUUAUCGUACACCAUACAUAUAGGAGUUCGCGGGUUAUUCAGCAUCACGCCGAUUGACCGUAAACAACGAACAUUACGUUGCUAUAAACACAGUUGCAGAACGUCCAAUCGCGGGCAACAGCACCACAAGUCGACGAGACUACGAAGUAUCAUUAAAGUUUAAAAGGGAAUAUCAUAUCAAUCUAUCGACAUGCAUUCCUACAUCAAAAAAUUGGGUUUCCUGUACAAGACGUACGUGCUCACGAUCCUCACAUUGGGUUACUUGACAUCUGAAAUGGGACAUUUCUUGAUCGGAGUAACCAGCAAGGCGACGGCUCGAGACGUGCAUUACGGCGACAUCAAGUGUCAGCUUCUGGAACACCUGGCCGAAUCGUCCGUGUUCAACUACACGUUACACGAACGCUGCGAUACGUCACCCGACCAGAGAUCGUGCGAGUUGUUAGUCCUAGAAGACGGCUCACCGUUCUGCGAAUGGAACUACAACGGACUCGGUUUCCAAUAUCAACUGUUGGCGGGACCUGCGUUUAUCGCUGUCUACUCCAUCGUAGGCGUAUUUUUCGGCAUGGCUGCAGACAAAUUCAACAGAGUACGACUACUAUCUCUGUGCACACUGAUCAGUGCAGCGGCUAUCGGUCUCAUUGGUAUGGCUACCAGCUACUGGCAUCUGAUACUUCUCAGAAUCAUGCUUGCUAUUGGCGAGGCCGGUACCAAUCCCUUGUCCACGGGAAUACUGUCCGAUUUGUUUUCAGAGGAAAAACGAGGUUUAGUCAUGGCGAUCUUUAAUUGGGGAAUUUACGCUGGUAUUGGUUUGGCUUUUCCGGUCGGCCGAUACGUUACUGAAAUGAACGUUGGUGGUUUGGGAUGGAGAGUGCCAUACUAUGUCAGUGGAAUGAUUGGAUUGAUCGUAGCAGCUUUAGCUAUCACCACAAUGACUGAACCUAAGAGAACAGCAAUUAGCGAAGAAGCCGAUAAUGAUAACAAUGAAAUGUCGAAACCUCGUUCCGCGGUACAGAACACUACUACACCAACCGAAAGUUCCGAAAAGAACUCCAUCUGGAAAGUCCUUUUCCAACCAAAAAUUUUAAUUUUGUGCAUCGCAGCUUCUAUCAGACACACUGGUGGAUUUUGUUUCGCCUACAACGCCGAUCUGUUUUACCGCGACAUCUUCCCGGGUUACGAUUUGGGAUGGUCUUUGUUCGUCGUUACAUUCUUGGUUGGUAGCGUUGGAGUGGUAAUCGGCGGAGUUACUUCUGACAGUAUCGUGAAGAAAUAUGGAAUAAGAUCUAGAGUAGCUGUGCUUGCUAUAAGUCAGUUGAUCGCAACACCUUUUGCGUACGGAAGCAUUUACUUAGGACCAACUGGUGCCAUGGUAACACUUGCCAUAUCUUACUUAUUCGCCGAAAUGUGGUUCGGUAUCUUGUUUGCCAUACUCGUUGAGUCUGUACCGAUGUCUGUCAGGUCAACAACUGUUGGUGCAUUCCUGUUUUGGAUGAACAACUUCGGUGGUAAUGUUCCAAUGUUUGUGGAACCCGUCAGAAAAGCAUACGACUACAAAACAGCAUUGGCUAUUUUCUACGCCGGUUUCUACUUAUUGAGUUCAUUGAUGUUUGGUACAACUGUGUUGUUCAUGGGAAAGAAAAAAUCAAAGAACACUAAUGUUCACACAUUAGCUGGUAUUGAAAAUGGAGGCUUCAAGAACACAGAAUUGGAAAAUGGACUUAAAGGUUUUCCAAGCCUAGAAAACCAUCUAUAAAAAGAAGAACGCAAUCGGUAGAGUUGCAGCUGCGGAGGCCACCUUGAAAAUACCCGACGACGGACACCCACUCGGGGUCAUCGUCUCAAAAGUGGCGACACACACGCGAUGCUGCAGCAGCGGACGAGAAAGACGGAAACGAAUAUUGUCCGUCGAUGAUAGAUAUGUUAUAAUUUAUAAUAUAUAUAUAUAUAUAACUAUAUACGAGAAUUCUGAGUAUAUAGGAGAUGUGAUAAUUAACGUUUAAGAUGAUUUUAUUAUUAUUAUUAUUCUGUUGUAAAUAUUUUGUUGUACAUUUUUCUUUUUGAUUGACCGCUGUCGACGUCGUCGUCUACUCGAACGUGGCUUCGAAGAUAAUUCGUGUGUGCACAAUACGCGCUUUAUGAUCGUUGCCACCCCUCGUUCGUUUUGUACAUUAAACCCACUAUUUGUUGUUCGGUGGUAAACAUAGAGAGUCGGUAUCGUCAUCAAUAUAAUAUAUAUAAAAUAUAAUAUAAUAUAUGGCGCAACCGUUCUGCAUGGUUACCUCUAUAUUAUUUAUUUAAAUUAUACCAUUUUUAUUUAUAUGCAUACGUAUACACCGUGUAAACGAUCAAAAUACGUGUAUUAAAAUUAUAUCGUAUUAUUUUAUUAUAAUUAUUAUUAUUAUAUAUAUAUAUACUUUUUUUUUGUAACGCGUAAUGUAUUGAUUUUUUUCAUUAUAAUAUGCACACACACGAUUAUAUAUAUACACGCAUAUUGUAAGUAGGUAAUAAGACUUUGUGCAGGCCACGGAGUAGCAUUAUUUUAUUUUAUUUUAUUUUAUUUAUAUUAUUGUUAUAUUUAUAAAUGUAAAUGCUGUUCACUCCGCCGGCAUAUUCAAUCAAACUCGGGCCAAUUUUUUUACUGCAUUUUUGUCAACAAAAAAUAAAAAUCCUUUUAUUUUUUUA